CCUCCAAAUAACCCUUUUGUGGUUGGUACAAUAUUUGGUACGUUUGCUCUCUAUGCAUCAUCGCAGCUCAACACCAUAGAAGUUCGUCCUCCUUUUCGUCCAUCCUCUUCUUCCACAUUCCCUCUUUCCCCCCCCCUUUUUUUUUCUCUGCUCCUCCCUCUCUCCCCAUCCAUGGCCAACCCUACCCACCCCUCGGCCGAAAAGUCAAACAUGGCGGCCAUUCCCAGACGGGGUCCACCGCCGCCACAACCCCUCGACCUACCUGCCCUGACCGAGCUGCGUGGGAAGCGUGUCGUGCUGGCCUCGGCCUCCCCCCGCCGCAAGUUCUUGCUGGGCCUUCUCGGUCUAACCAACGUCGAAGUCAUCCCCUCCAAUUUCGCCGAAGAUCUGCCCAAGACGCUGGCCCCACACGAAUACGUACAGCGCACCGCCUCUGAGAAGGCUGUAGAGGUGUACAAGCGCGAGGUCGACAAUGGCGACUUGGGUAUUGUCAUUGCUGCUGAUACUGUCAUCAUCAGCCAUACUGGCCAGAUCAUGGAGAAGCCGCGAAACCCUCAGCACCAUCUCGAGAUGCUGAAGAAAUUGAGAGACGAAGGCACUCAUCAGGUCGCGACCGCUGUAGUCGUUAUGAGACCUCUAGUGAAUCCGGUCGAUCCUGGCUACCGCAUGGAGAGCCGAGUUGAGUCGACCACCGUCAAGUUUGACCCCAAACUGACGGAUGACAUAAUAUCUGCAUAUGUAAAAACCCGUGACGGCAACGACAAGGCCGGCGGGUAUGGUCUUCAAACUGCGGGCUCCAUCCUCAUUGAGCGUAUAGAAGGCUCCCAUGACAACGUCAUUGGCCUGCCUCUGCGUGUUACCCUCCAACUUAUCGAGCUGUGCAUGGAACCCGACGUAGACAUGGACGACGAGGACGAUGAUAUGGACAACGUGUUUGAAGGUGCUAUAUAAAUGAGAAGAAGCGCAGUGUGGAAAAGGCAGCUCAAGGUCGCCUUCCCCGCGCAGUAGUACACGCCAUACACUGGGCGUUCGUGUUUGUUCGCAUCGACGCAGAGCUACCCAGGGUUAUGAUCCAAUGCCACACAGGUUCUCUUUUCCACGGAACAUGCUAAUGACCUCUAGCUAGCUUGUUGCUUGCCCUGCCUUCCACCCAUGUCGCCUGCAAGAGGAGAAACGCGGAUACCGACAGCUGCUGCGUAAACACAAUCACAGUCCAGGCAGAUGACUGACGGGUCAAUGUGCCUCUGUCAUAUGGACGAGGAACUUUGAGGAACCGAAAAAUUCACAAUUCAAUCCCAUUGAACAACGUACGCUCGGAUACCUGCAAACAUGCCCCACAAGUGAAUGGGAGAAGAAGCAUUCUGAUUGCUCGGAUGACUUCUGCUCAUUUAGUCACACCUUCCUGUAAUGAGAGUAGACGACGUUCGAGAAGAUCCAUUAUCAACAUCCCAAUAUGUCGCCCUAUAGUGAUACGUUCCGUA